CCAACAGCAGUAAUACGUGAACUUGAGCUUAGCUGCACGUACGGGUGAAACGAAACAAACAUGGCCUCGUUUCGGACCUUAGUGCUAGCUGUCCUCAUCAGCUUCCUCGCGUGCUAUGCACCCGUUUCUUCCCUAGCUUCCUCCGACGGCUUCCUCAAAUGCCUCUCGGCAGCCAUACCGAAGCAGCUCCUGUACACGCAGAGCUCGCCUUCGUUCACUUCCGUCCUGGUUUCCUCCAUCCGGAACCCCAGGUUGUUCACUCCAACCACGGUGAGGCCGCUCGUCAUCGUCACGCCGACGAAUGCCUCCCACGUCCAGGCCGCCGUUGUCUGCGGCCGCCAGAACGAUGUGCGCAUUCGCGUGCGCAGCGGCGGGCACGACUAUGAGGGCCUCUCGUUCCGGUCCGUUCGCCCCGAGGUGUUCGCUGUUGUUGACCUUGUGAACCUCCGGUCCGUGAGCGUGGACCAGAAAACGGCCACCGCGUGGGUGGACUCCGGCGCGACGCUCGGAGAGCUAUACUACGCAAUUUCCAAGGCGAGCAAGCAGCUGGGUUUCCCGGCCGGUCUGUGCCCGACGGUCGGCGUGGGCGGCCAUUUCAGCGGGGGCGGGUUCGGCAUGCUGCUCCGCAAGUAUGGCGUCGCCAUUGACAACGUCCUGGACGCCACGCUGGUCGACGCCAAGGGGAGGCUCCUGGACAAGCAGGCCAUGGGGGCAGACGUGUUCUGGGCCAUCCGCGGAGGCGGCGGCGAGAGCUUCGGCAUCGUGCUGUCGUGGAAGGUGAAGCUCGUGCCUGUCCCGCCGACGGUGACAAUGUUCAGCGUCCCAAAGUCCGUUAACGAGGGUGCUGUAGACAUACUCACUAAGUGGCAAGAAGUCGCCCCGGCUCUCCCCGAUGACCUGUUCAUAAGGGUGGUCAUCCAGAAACAGGUGGCUGAUUUUCAGUCCAUGUACCUGGGCACCUGCGACACGCUCCUGCCAUUGAUGAGCAGCCGCUUCCCUGAGCUCGGCUUUAACCGGUCGCACUGCAAGGAGAUGACUUGGAUCCAGUCCGUGCCCUACAUCUACCUGGGCAGCACCGCCACCGUGGAGGACAUCCUGAACAGAACCACCUCAUUGGACACUUUCAACAAGGCCAAAUCCGACUAUGUCCUUCAGGCCAUCCCCAAGGACGUGUGGGUGCAGAUCUUCGCCUGGCUCGCCAAGCCAAACGCCGGGCUGAUGAUCACUGACCCAUACGGCGGGAAGAUCAGCAGCAUCCCAGAGUCGGCGACGGCGUUCCCUCACCGUGGUGGCGUGCUGUUCAACAUCCAGUACAUGAAUUUCUGGUCAGCCGCCACAGAUGGAUCGGCGCAGAUCAAGUGGCUCAAAGACUUCUACGCGUUCAUGGGGACAUAUGUGAGCAAGAACCCGAGGCAGGCGUACGUGAACUACAGGGACCUUGACCUGGGCGAGAAUGUCGUUGUGGGCAAUAUCACCAGCUACCAGGCUGGUAAGGUUUGGGGCGAGAAGUACUACAAAGGAAACUUCCAAAGGCUGGCCAUGGCGAAGGGCGAGGUGGAUCCUAGCGACUACUUCAGGAACGAGCAGAGCAUUCCACCACUUGGGGCGAGCAAGUAACGAUGAAGAUGUGAAAUCAAGUUGCACAUGGGUGGUCUUAUACAGCAGCCCAUGGUUCCAUACGGGUUAUUACAUGCACGCAUGGUUAAAUAUAUCAGUAAAUAUGAGCUUGUAGUUUGAAAACAUUAGUAAAAAUAAAAUCCAAUUAUUCAUUUU